GGGGAGGAGGCCGUAAGACUAGUGAGGAGGGAAACGUGUCACCAGCCGGGCUCCGGGAGCUCCGCGGCCGCGUCGUUUGUGGACUCGGUGCUGAGAGGACUUGAGGCUGGACCGGACCCCAAGGAAGGCGGAGCUGGGAGAGAACCGAGGAGGGACAGCUGGGCAGAGCGCGGUGGCGAGAGCCAUCCAGGUCUCUCAAGUCUCUCGGGAAUCGGCUCUGGGGUGCCUCACUGGUUGGCAGUAGGGUUUUCCCCCUGUUCUACCCAGCCCCUGCCCUCGGUCACAUGCCGUCGCUUCUUCCCCCGUGGUGCCGGGAGCCCGCGUUUUGUUCGUCAGCAGUAAGGCGACAGCUGGAGCACCGCCCAUGUCCUCGGACGGACGGAGGGCCUCAGCCUGUCCCACAGUCUCAGUUCCUCCUUCUUCAAACGCUGCAGCUGGGGCUCCAAAACCUUCUCCCCAUCUCAACCCGAAGGUGUUGGCUAAAUUUGUGUUUUGAAGAAAGCCUGGGGGCCCGAAGGUAGCCCUGGGAGAAGGCUUUCCGUGGGCAGUCGGAACCUUCUGGUCCAGAGGAGAAGCCAUCCCCUCACCUGGACUUAUGACCCGCGGCUUUGCUCCCAGCCUGCCCAUCGAGUUCCACAAGAUGGGCUCCUUCCGUAGGCCCAGGCCGCGCUUCAUGAGCUCCCCGGUACUCAGCGACUUGCCGCGAUUCCAAGCCACCCGGCAGGCUCUGCAGCUGAGCUCCAACUCAGCCUGGAACAGUGUUCAGACCGCCGUGAUCAACGUCUUCAAAGGGGGAGGCUUGCAAAGCAACGAGCUCUAUGCACUGAAUGAAAACAUCAGGCGGCUGCUGAAGAGUGAACUUGGAUCGUUCAUUACAGACUAUUUCCAGAACCAGCUUCUUGCAAAAGGACUGUUGUUUGUGGAGGAGAAGAUUAAGCUGUGUGAAGGUGAAAAUCGCAUUGAGGUUCUGGCUGAAGUCUGGGACCAUUUCUUCACUGAGACUCUCCCCACCCUGCAGGCAAUAUUUUAUCCAGUUCAGGGCCAGGAGCUGACCAUCCGCCAGAUCUCCCUGCUGGGCUUCCGUGACCUGGUCUUGCUCAAGGUGAAGCUGGGCGACUUGGUGCUGCUGGCCCAGUCUCAGCUGCCCUCAUCCAUUGUCCAGAUGUUGCUCAUCCUGCAGAGUGUUCAUGAACCCACCGGCCCAAGUGAGGGUUAUUUGCAACUGGAGGAGCUGGUGAAGCAAGUGGUUUCUCCUUUCCUGGGCAUCAUCGAGGACCGAGGCGUUUCAGGCCCCACGUACACACUGGCCAGACGCCACUCCAGGGUCCGGCCCAAGGUCACUCUCCUGAACUAUGCCUCCCCGAUGACCGCUGUCAGCCGGCCCCUGAAUGAGGUGGCCCUGACCCCUCUGACAGAGCAGGAGGGGGAGGCCUACCUGGAGAAGUGUGGCAGCGUACGGAGGCACACGGUGGCGAACGCCCACUCUGACAUCCAGCUGCUGGCCAUGGCUACCAUGAUGCACUCGGGCUUAGGUGAGGAGCCCGGCGGUGAGGACAAGUGUCUGCUCCUGCCGCCCAGCUUCUCCGCACCCCACCGACAGUGCUCCAGUGAGCCCAACAUCACCGACAGCCCUGACGAGCUGGAGGAGGGGGCAGGGGGCAGCCAGGAAGACCCAGAGCUGAACUCUGCUUCCCUCAGUUGAAGGCCCUCCUCCCGGACUCCCCAGCUCCUGCGUAGGGACCAGGAUGAGUACGACUCCACCCUGGGGGUCCCCAGGGGGCUCUUCCUUUGGGCAAUGCUGCCUUCUGUCUUUUCAGGUACAGGCCGAGUCUAAGUGCCCUAGGGGAAAUCCCUGUUGGAAACCUCUCCAUUUUCAGGACGGUGCCGGCACACACCUGGCUGCCUAAUGUUCACUUUCUGAUUUCCAGCCUUGCCUGCCUGACGCAGAUCCUCAUCUCUGCGCUUUUCCCUCUCAAAUGUUGGACUGUCUGAUGCUGCCAACUGUACAUCCCAGUGCCCUCAUCAUUACUCUAGCAAGAUGUUGCCUGAGCCACACACACAAAGUGUUGGCUUUUGGGAUUCCCCUUUAGGUCAGAUGAUGCAGAGGCUUGUGGGUGAAAAGAUACCUCUCCUCCCCUAGUGUGUGUAGAGUGAAAGUAGACUGCAGCCCCUACCAAGCAGGACUCUGGGAAAGUGCCUUCCUUAUUCUGGUUUCAGAAUUACUGGGGUAGAGUUGCCCCAUUGGUGGGUGAGGGUCCACCCUCACCCGUAUCCAGAUGCUACCUGCUGCCUUUGGCUUUUGGCCCAGGAGGGCCACAAGGAUGGAGAAGCCCCGUCUUUGAUUAAGCCUCAGCAUUUCCCCCUCAGGCUUCCUCCCAAGCCUGAGGAACUAGCCUUUCUAGUGGAGUAGCUAGUGCCUUCAUCCCUCUCUCAUUUCAGAAACUGACCUUUGUCCUGUUGUGAGUCGAGUGGCUGGCGGAUACCAACCGACUAGUCUGUUCCUGGAUUUUGACUUGAAUUUUUUAAAUGUGCAUCAUUUCAAAAAAAAAAAAAA